AUGGCGAGCUUUGUCACCGACCUCUGGGAGUCCAUCUUCACCCCAGGUCCCACGCCGACCCUACUGCGCGCGGCCAACGCCACCUUUCUCGCUCUGCAGCUCACCCUCGCCGGCCUGCUCUUUGCCACCCACUCGAUUCACUGCGUCAUUCUCUCGAUCAUCUGCGCAGGUCUCUGGUGGAGCGUCAACUGGUUUGCCGCCGAACUCGCCAUCGUCCAACGGGAGCAGGCGGCCAAGGACAAGGCCGAGGAGGACAAGAGGAGGAGGAGGGACGACGGGAGCGAUACGGAAGUGGAGGAGGGGAGCAAGCCCAUUCCCGAGAAGGAUACAGAGGGCGUGAGUGCCUCGAAGGAGGUCGAGAUGCAGCCGGCGACACAGGGUCUCUCGCAGAGGAAGGGUCUUGAGGUGGAAUCGGCGAAGGAGAAGGAUUCGCAGGUCUCGCAGUCGAGCGUGAGUACGGAGGAUGAGUGGGAAAAGGUCUCUGAGGGUAGCGAGGAGAAGGACCAGUAG